GACACUUAAUGAAUCUAUCGCUUCCCUCUACUAAUUGCUGUCUGACACGCAAUCAGAACCUUUUCGUAUCCGAAACACCGGCAGUCCGACAUAUGUCCUGGUGGGAAGAACAUGGUGCUGAUGCGGCUGUUCUGUUUCCGGCUGUCGGUUCGACUUGGGUCCAUCAUCGUCGGAGGAUGCUGCAUACUGGAAACUAUCAUUACGAUGAUUACGCUGGCGGCGCUGGGCGGUGCCGAAUUUCUCCUCCAGGAAGCGCUCUACUACGAGGAAAAUAUGCACCUGUACAACCCACACGAUGUGUUCGUGUGGUUGAUUGUGGUGUGCAAAACGAAUGCCGAAUUGUUCUACACCUGCACGAUGGUGGUCUGCAUGGGGUUGUAUUUGCCGUGCUGUGGCGCAAUGAUGGCGGGUGCAUAUUUUAUGAAGCAAUAUCUGCUAGCACCGUUCGUUGUGGUGGAGCUGGGACGGCUGUCCUGUAUCACCCUGACCCACGUGAUCGGCAUGAUGGUGAUUAAGAAAUCGAUCAACGUCGGUUACCUUAUAGCGCUCACCAUUGCUGGGGGAUUUGCUUUGUUGCUACUGUUCUAUCUGUGGGGAUGUGUGGUGGCGUUGAUGCAAAUACUGCGUAUCGUCCGCUCGCCGGAAUAUAUUGCCGUGUUCGGGGACAAUCCUCUCGCACCGGUGGAUCCCGGUGAAACGACUCCAGUCGGGACCGGUGUCUUGCUCGACUCCGGUAUGCUGGAGUGGAACGGAAUGGGACUGAAGCCUACGCAACGAAACCACAUGAACAAAAAUCUGGAACGAUUACCACCGACGGCCCUUUCCAGUGGUCAGUUUAGCGGGCCGAACAUGCUGAUUGAUGAUUUUCGUCCACUGCACAGUCGCUACUCCUACAAUUGGGCUAUUUAGAUUCUUUCCCAUGUAGUAUUUGAAUUAUUCCAAUUAGCAUUACUUGAAUCAGCCCACUGUCCACUGUGCGGUGGCCCCAUUCGUCGUGUGUGCGGAAACGGUUUGGUGCGCAUAUGCAAAGUCGCGGCACUCGGAACAGGUCAGGGCACACAUGGGGUCAGGCAGAAAGGGUCGUCACAAGAAGAAAGACUCGGCUGAUAGCAACGACAAAGCCUGCGCGUAUUAAACAAAAUGAAAUCGCAAACACUUCAAGCGGCGAAGCAUUCUUUUCACCCGCUCUUAAGUGGCAGUGUAAACAAAGUCCUCGUAGAUGGGGUAGCUUUUUUUUUGCCAAUGUGAAAUCGAACGGAAUCGCAGACCGUAAUCGGAGGUUUCUUUGAAGGGGUUGUUCUUGUUUUGUGCAUUUUUUGUUGUAGCUUGAUUGUGUGUUACUGGCCUGCAAUCAACGGUUCAGUGCAGUCGACCGCGAUCAUUCUAGCGACGGUGGUAGACUCACAAAUACUAAGAAUAGUGGGUUUUAGAUGCGUUGCUAGCUAGCGACAAACUUGGCAGGUCUCUGUAUUUUUAAAUCGGAAAAAGAACACCCCUCACUCCACGUGACUCGCUCCACGUCCCGUUCCCUGUGGCAGCACGCCUUCCGUUUGGUUCAUCUUCUUUGCAAUGCAAACAUGUGUGUGCCGCCACAACCAAUACUCACGAUCGUGUGCACCCGUACCGCCGUUCGGUUUGGCCAUUUGCCAUUUGAUGUUUUUUUGAUUCGCAUCCCUGUCUAGCGUGUGUUGCGAUCGGAUUCUCUCUAUCGGAACCAAGCAACACCGUCGCAACUGACCGCCACCGCAUCAGCAGCAACAGCGGUCCGCGCUGCGUACAAGCGCCCGCGGAGGGGCAUCUCGAGGUUUCAGGUCCGCGCCUGAUAGGGCCCACCACGAUCACGGUCUGGUCACGGUUGCCUCUCGACCAGUACCGGUUGCGAGAGACGAGAGGGGUUUUUUCUUUCAUUUCGCGGUUUCGCGUGUCUGUUUAACCGCGCCAGCAGUGCUUCCUUACUCAUUCGACCACAUUGGCCCCAACGGCGAGGAUCGUCUUGGGCAGUGCUCGCGUGCGUGUGCCUGUGAAUUCUUGCUGCGGUGCGUGUGAAAGUUUGACAUUCAGAGUUUUUGGUGUAAAAAGUAGUUACAUUUUUGGACGAACGAUUUUUUUAUUCGUCACGAACUGUCCGCGCGUAUUACGUGGUGCUUUCUGUUUGCUGUGUGUGUGCAUGCAGUCGAGCCGCAUUACCGUGUCUCGGGUGUUUCGAUGGAGCUAAAAUUAGGUCGGCACUAAAACAGAACAAAACGCAUCCGACAGAACGACAGAGAGUGGUGAGUGGUGUGUUUGUGAAGACUUGGUGCGGCAACUUUUGGCGUAUGACCGCAUAGAAUAUCAACACGCUCGGGGUUAGACUGCGGGAAGAAAGUUGUGCCGCGUGUGUCGCAUAAACACUCGCGCACCAAACACUGUGGAGUGCAACGAACUGACGUAUCGAAGUUUCUAAAUCAUAAACAACACCCCGGGUCCGCCGCUACCAUGGAUAAGCAGUACGUGCUGAAGAACAACAUG